AUGGGUGGAUUUCUGGAUAUUCUCGAGCUCUGUGACAAUUUCCCACAGAAUGAGUUCCCAAGAUCUGAGGCAUACGACAGGGCAGUCGAGUCUUUAUGGUUAUUCUACCUGCCUGAGGACCCGCACCCUCACGGCUGCCUGAUUGACUCCGUCGUGGAGCGCAUGCCAUGGACAUCCGACUUCCGUCUCACAGCUACCCCGCGUAAAGAAGUUCACCUGAUCAAGCGUGAAGACGCAGAGAAUUGGCAAAGAGUUUGCGGCGAAGCAAUCCAGGAACUUGUUGACCUGAUCCGGGAGCGAAAAGUGUUCCCCCAACUGGGCAAGAAAACGCAAGAGCAGUUCCCUAUAGUUGGUGCCAAUUUUGACAUCGGCAUCGAAAGAUCAGCGUUCAGCUUGUUUGGAAUCAUCGGCCGAGGUGCCCACAUGACCGUCUACGUCCGUACUGAGCACGGCCUCAAAUUCUGGAUCCCAAGACGCAGUGCCACCAAGUCAACAUAUCCAGAUAUGCUGGAUCAGGCAGUUGCGGGUGGCGUUGCGCGCGGCGAAUCUCCGCUGGACUGUAUCAUCCGUGAGGCAGGUGAGGAGGCGGCACUCUCUGCGGAGAUGGUAAGGGAGAAUAUAGUGUCUGCGGGGACUGUAUCGUGGUUCAGUAUUUCUGAUGAGAAGGCCGGUGGUGAGCCCGGUUUAAUGAACCCUGGAAUCCUCUACGUGUAUGACCUGGAGGUUGGACGAGACGUCACGUUCACGCCGGUGGAAAACGACAUCGACAGCUUUUCGCUGAUGGGAGUUGACGAAGUCAAGCAGUCUUUGCGGCAGGGUGACUUCAAGCCGAGCUGUGCGAUGGUCAUGCUGGACUUCUUUGUCAGGCAUGGCUUAAUCACUGCAGAAAACGAGAAGGAUUACGAUACUAUCGCCCACAGACUUCACCGGUCGCUACCAUUCCGGGCAUCCCCCAGUCUUUGA